AUGGCAUUGAGCAACAAUGUCAUUGCAGCCAUAAACUUCAUCGCCUUGCUGCUCUCGAUCCCCAUCAUCGGUGCCGGGAUCUGGAUCGCAACCCAAGCUGACAACGCCUGUGUGCAACUUUUGCAAUGGCCCGUCAUCGUUCUCGGCAUCGUGAUCUUUCUCGUGGCAUUGACGGGUUUCAUUGGAGCCUUUUGGAGAAUCUCAGGGCUUCUAAUGUUCUACCUCAUUGCCAUGCUUGUUCUCAUAAUCCUACUUGGUAGCUUGGUUCUCUUUGUGUUCUCCGUCACUAUGAGAGGUUCGGGUCAUACCGAACCAAGCCGAGCUUACUUGGAGUAUCACCUCGAUGACUUCUCGCUCUGGCUCCAAAGAAGGGUUCGAAGCUCUCAUAAAUGGGAGAGAAUUCGAACUUGUCUUAGUUCUACAACUACAUGUGCCGAGUUGAACCAAAACUAUAGGUUACCUCAAGAUUUCUUCAAUGCCCAUAUCAGCCCUCUCCAGUCGGGGUGUUGCAAGCCACCGACAGAUUGUGGGUUCACCUACGUAAACCCGACGUACUGGAUUAGUCCGAUAAGCAACGGAGCGAGCGUGGAUUGCUCGAAAUGGAGCAACGAGCAGACUGAGCUAUGCUACGGGUGUGAUUCAUGUAAGGCAGGGUUGCUAGCUAACCUCAAGGAAGAAUGGAGAAAUGCUGACCUAAUUCUGCUGAUUGCACUUAUAGGUCUUGUUUUUGUGUAUUUGAUGGCAUUUUUGGCUUUAAAAAAUGCCAAAUCUGAGAACCUUUUCCGCAGACACAAGCAAGGUUAUGUCUAACACACUCAAAUAAUCAACAAAAACAUAACUUUUAACCUUAUUGCUUUCUUUUCGGGUUUGUAGAAAUAUUGACAUUGAAACGAUUAUUAAAAAUAUGUACGACUAUCGGGAUGUAUUAUUUCUCAUUUGAAAAUAUAUGUUAAAUUUCAUUUUUUAUAGUUCA